AAUCACAGAAUGAAUAUCUGGAAUCUGGCAAUCAGAAUAAUUUUCUUAUCACAAACUAUAGCUGGAAUUCUUGGAAAUCUCUCUCUAAUUUUCUACUAUCUAGUCCUUUACUGUAGGGAAUACAUAUUAAAGCCCACAGAUUUGAUUCUCAUGCACCUAGUGGCAGCAAACGCCUUGGUCAUUUUCUCUGCAGGAGUUCCCCACACAAUGGCAGUUUGGGGAUUUAAACAUUUCUUGAAUGAUUUUGGGUGUAAACUCCUAUUGUAUAUUCAAGGAUUUGCUCGAAAUGUGUCCAUUGGCACCACCUGUCUUUUGAGUGUCUUCCAGGCAAUGACCAUCAUUUCCAGGAAGUCUCGUUGCAAGGAUCAUAAAGUUAAAGCUACAAAGUACAUUAACUGCUCCGUUUCCCUACUCUGGGUCUUCUACAUGUUGAUACGCUUCAUGUUCUUGAUGCAUACAUUUAUCAAAAUGAAUGACAAAAACAUGACAAGAGAUAGAGAUUUGGGAUAUUGCUUUAUUUCAGAGCGGAAUCCAAUAAUAGACUCACUCUAUACUGCAUUGGUCAUGUGCCCUGAAUUCUGUUUUGCUGUACUCAUCACCUGGUCCAGCACCUCCAUGAUCAUCAUCCUUUACAGACACAAGCAGAGUGUUCAACACAUCCAUAGCUCUCAUGGUUCCAGUAGAUCCUCCCCUGAGGCCAGGGCCACCCAGAACAUCCUGGUACUGGUAUCUACCUUUCUGGCUUUCUAUACUCUCUCCACCAUCUUGCGAGGCUGCAUUGCUUUUUUGUAUAACAAUUGGUGGCUUGUGUACAUCUCCCGCCUGACUUCUCUUUGCUUUCCCUGUUUUGGACCCUUUGUUCUUAUGAGACACUACUCAAUUUUGUCCAUAUUCAAUUUGGUAUGGUUAAGAAAACAACCUUUUCCCUAA